AUGAUGGAACCCGAAUACAUUGAGGAUAUGAUUGAUGAGCAGUCACUGUUGGUCGAGGAUUCCGUGGGUCUUACGAUCCAUGGAGACAAUACUAAUGAAAACAUUGUGGUAAAGAUCAAGACACUCAGUGAAAAGCCACUACUUGUGGAGAUUGCGCCGUCGGCGACUGUAAAGGAGCUCAAGGAUCUUGUCAAGACGAAAGCGAACGCAGAGGGCAAAUUCUUGCGUCUGAUUCAUCAAGGAAAAAUGUUAUCGAACGAUCGAGUGACACUGGAAAGUUGUAAGGUCAAGAACGAUGACUUUGUCCACUGUGCCAUUAGCUCGGCACCUCCAAAGAUGGUUGUCAAUCAGAUGGCUGCUAGUGAUAGCGACAUAGAGGAAAACGAUGAGCUGUCGGCAAGAAGAGGAUUUGACCGACUUCGUGAUCGACUUAGUCGAGAAGAGGUCCAAGCGUUGCGUCUGUAUUUCUACCCGCAACUCUCGGUGUACAUUAGUCAAGCAGAACGUGUUUCUGGAGAGAGCAGUGAGGACCGGAUCUAUCGACUUGAAGACGAGUGGAUGGCGUCUCAAGGACCACAAUCUGAGUUCGCACUCAAUGUUGUACCUACGGCUCGUAUUGCGAUGGAUGCGCAGAUUGACAUGAAUGGCAUGAACAGCUCGAUUUUAGCAGCAGAUAACGAAGGCACCGGCACGGAAUUUCUCUGGGGAUUCUUGAUGGGCCUUUUGCUUGGUGUAUUUAUGCUUCUGAUGCUUCUCGACCGCUCCGUUCCUCGCAAGCAAAAAGUUGGCCUACUACUAGGUGUGAGCAUGAACUUUUUCCUGAGUGUUGUGCCUCGUGCUGUCUCUGAACAAUAG